GAGAGACGCGAGGGCAGCAGAUGGAGGGAGACGUCUCCUGUCAUCAUGAUCCCACUCCUGCUCGUGAACAGCACGCUCGUUAUCGACACACAGGUGCCGGUCCUGCAGUACCUCAACCAGUCCACAGAGUUUUGCAACCAGUUUGAGAACGGCAGGUGGUACUGCUACAUCCUCCUGGUACUGUUCUCCUUCGCCCUGCCCGUGGGGAUUGUGGGUAAUAUAGCAGCACUGUUCCACUAUACCUGCUUCUGGAGAACCAGCAGUACCAGUAACAUCUUCCUGCUCAACCUGGCCUUGUGUGACCUGGCCUGGAUCCUCAUGCUGCCGUUCACCAUGUACUUCCACCUGGAAAAGCCCUACCGGAGGGACAUCCACAUCUUCUGCCAGCUCAAAAAGAUCUUCUUCAACGUCAACAUCUACGGGAGCGUCUUCUUCCUCACCCUCACGAGCUUCGACCGCUACGCCCGCACUGCCCACCCCGUCGGCUCCCUCCGGUGGUGGGGUGUGGGUAAAGCCAAGUUCUGCUCUGCUUGCACCUGGGUGGCCAUCAUCCUUACCUCCAUCCCUGACUUGUUUGUGACCUUCGCCAUCAACCGUCCGGCGAACGUGACGGUGUGCAUGGACCACCUCCACGGUCCCUUCGUCUACGUCGCAACUACCUCCAUCCUCAGGACCCUGCUGGGCUUCGCCUUGCCAUUGGUCGUCAUGGUCGUGCUCUACGUGCUGAUGCUGAGGGUGCUACGGGGUCUCGCCAGGGGGAAACGCAGGGGUGGGGGCAAGCAGGGUGUAGGCAAACCCAUGCUGCUCCUCACCGGCGCCCUGCUGGUGUUCAUGGUGUCCUACGCACCGUACCACAUCAUGGUCAUGACCCUGGUCUACAUGAGGACCCACGACCUCAUCACGGCAGCCAACAUCAGCGAGCUGUACGCCUCCUUUGAGUUUUUGGAGGCUCUGAGUGUCUUGGGCUGCUGUCUGGACCCUGUGCUGUAUAUCCUGGCCAGCGAGAGGUUCCUGGGCAGGCUGCUGGACUGCAAGAGAGGCCGCUAUAAAGGGCUGUGCUGCAGAGCUAGUAGGAGGGUGGGGGUGGAUGGCUGAGGGUGAGGGAUGGGUGUAGC